AUGUUGUGGAAAAAUCAGCAGAUGUGCGAUGAAAGCGAGCUUUCUGGGAACACCAGGCGCACAUUAAAAAGGACACUUUUAAUGGGGCUGUGGAUAUUGACAUGGCAGGUGUCCUGCCUGGCACUUAUGGCAUGUGUGGUGGAUGUUGUUUUGGCACAGAUUCGUUACAUGAUUCCCGAAGAACUGGAACACGGGUCCUUUGUUGGAAAUAUAGCGGAGGAUCUUGGACUGGACACCAACAAACUCUCUGUCCGCAGAUUUCGAAUAGUCUCUGGUGCGAAAGAGCAAUACUUGGAGGUAAAUUUAGAAAACGGCGUUUUGUUUGUGAACGAGAGAAUCGACCGAGAAGAAUUGUGCGAACAAAAUCCAUACUGCUCAUUUCAUCUCCAGAUUGUUAUUGAAAAUCCAUUAGAAUUAUACAGGGUAGAAGUUGAAAUAUUGGAUGUCAAUGACAACAGUCCUGUUUUUCAGUGGAGUGAAUUUAAUUUGGAUAUAUCAGAAUCUGCCGUUCCUGGAUCCCGUUUCCCAAUGGAAAGCGCGCAGGACUGGGACGUCGGUGACAACUCUCUCCGCUCGUAUUUGCUGAGCGUAAACGAACACUUUAUCCUAGACGUGCAGACGCGCAGCGACGGCAGCAAAUUCGCCGAGCUGAUUCUCCAGUCCCCGUUAGACCGGGAGCAGCAAAAGACUCAUCUCAUGGUUCUAACAGCUGUGGACGGGGGCGCACCAGAGAGGUCGGGGACUGCGCAAAUAAAUGUAACGGUCCUGGAUGCAAAUGACAACGCGCCAGUGUUCGAUCAGAACUUUUACAAAGUGAAACUGGCUGAAAACGCACCACGAGGAAUGGUUAUCAUACAACUAAAUGCUACCGAUCUCGAUGAAGGACCCAAUGGAGAGAUCGUGUACUCUUUUAGUGGACACGCACCAACGAGAGUGCGUGAGCUGUUCUCUGUGGAUCCCCGCACUGGAGACAUAAAGGUGAAAGGAUUUAUAGAUUAUGAAAAGGCACGAAUGCAUGAAAUAUACGUACAAGCUAAAGACAGGGGGCCGUCUGCAGUUGCGGUACACUGUAAAGUUAUGGUUAAUAUCGUAGACCUCAACGACAAUCUUCCUGAGGUGAUCCUUACAUCGGUGUCCACACCUGUCCAAGAGGACGCACCCCCUGGCACAGUGAUCGCAGUUAUUAGCGUUAUGGAUAAGGAUUCUGGGGAGAAUGGAAACGUGGACUGUGAAAUUCCUCAUCACGUUCCUUUUCAGCUACACUCUUCCUUUAAAAACUACUACACAUUGGUAACGUGGGAUUUUCUAGACAGAGAGACUAUCUCGGAGUACAACAUCACUCUCACGGCCCGUGAUAUGGGAUCGCCGCCUCUUUUCACUAGAAAAACCAUUCUGGUGCAGGUGUCUGAUAUCAACGAUAACGCACCACGAUUUAAGCAGCCCUCCUACACUGUCUACCUGACAGAAAACAACGCGCCGGGUGCCUCAAUUUGCACCAUCACAGCACAAGACGCUGACGCGGAUCAGAAUUCGUAUCUGUCAUAUUCUAUUUUGGAAAAUGACAUCCACGGAAUGCCAGUCUCCACAUACGUGUCCAUCAAUUCAGAUAAUGGGAACAUUUACGCAUUGCGCUCUUUCGAUCACGAGCACCUCCGAAACUUUCACAUCGUGGUUCAAGCAGAAGAUGCUGGCUUUCCGCCUCUGCGCACGAACGUGACUGUAAACGUGUUUGUUUUGGACCAGAAUGACAACCCGCCAUUAGUUGUUGCCCCGGUGCCUGAGAAUGACACAGCUGCGGUAGUAAUUGUCCCCAGAUAUAUCGAUGCUGGAUACCUAGUGGCUAAAAUCACCGCCAUGGACGCAGACGCGGGGCAAAACUCACGUCUUUUUUAUGAGGUCCUCCAAGCAACAGAUCCCAGUUUAUUCAGUGUUGCCCUGUUCACUGGAGAGAUCAGGACAAUUCGCCGGCUGAUGGACAACGACCCCACGAGGCAGAAACUGGUCGUUUUGAUCAAGGACAACGGUCAGCCGCCCCUCUCGGCCACGGCCUCAAUCAUCUUGUCUGUUGUUGACAACGUGCCAGAAUCCUUGCCUGGUCUCGGCGACCUCGCACUCAGCCCCCAGUACCGGUCAAACCUCACGCUGUAUUUAAUAGUGUCUCUGGGCGCAGUUUCAUUUACCUUUCUAGUGGCUAUUAUUGUCCUGGCCACCAUAAAAGGAUACAGGGACAAAAACUCCGUCCGUGAUCACAGUUCGUCUCUCGGGUCAUGCUGUGGUUUUGAUUCUAAGACCUCUGAUAAUGAUAGCAUAAAAAAGUCUAAUUUGAAUAUUCACAUAUCACCAGGAAUUAAGGGAUCCACGCACUGCGUGGAAGUCAACGGGAAUGAUCCAAUCGGCCAUAACUACUACUAUAAAAUGUGUUUAACUCCAGAGUCAUCGAAGAGUGACUUCAUGUUCCUGAAACCAUGUAGCCCAACUGGAACAAUAGCUUCUCGAAAUAACAUCAAGGAAGUUGACGACAAAACUCUAACUUGGAGCCCUGCAAGCAACAGUCUCAUUACAAAAAAUGAGAGGAUCUCCCCUAAUGAGCUCAAAUGGGGAAAAAAAGAUUGCACCCUGAACAAAAACCAGCUCAAUUAUGCGCAUAAAAGCCAUCCUGCAAUAAACACAGGAAGAACACUGCAGCGCAGAAUGAUUCAAGAUCCAGAUCACUAUGCAUAUCAAUCUGUUUCUCACUACUGGACUUGGGGGAAUCACAUGCAUGCAGAUUUUAAGACUUCACCCAAGAUUGUAGGUAUUCCCAAUCGCUCAUGGACUCCAUGCUACAAGGAUUCACUGCAAUCACCACUGGAUUAUCAGCGUAAUGUUUACAUUCCUGGAACACCAUCGACACACUGUCCCCUUAAGGUGGCUAACAAUGGUGACCUCGAAGUCUACAACUCGUUCUCAACUUUUGGAAAGAAGAAAAAAUUAAUGCCAAACAAUAACUGCGAAGACAAUGCAAUAAUGGCCAAUGAUUUUUUCAAAUGA